AAAUAAGUAACAUAAUGUGUUCAAGAGUGUUUUAAAUUAUUAUUUAUUUAUAAUUUAAAUAGUGUUUGACGUUUAAUGUAACCUCACAAUUUCAUAAACAUAACCACUAAGUUUGUUAUUGUUUUACACGUGCAAAGCUUAAUAUUGAGUUGUUUCCGCAAAGCGAAUUUAUAGUUUCUCUUCUAAACCAUGGCGAAAAUCACUGAUCCUGAGGAAAAGAAAAAGGCUAUAAAAGAGGUACUGCGUCAAAGAAAGAAAAAAUCGAAACAAUUACUAAAAGAAAAGCGUGCCAGAUUGAUGGUAAAAAAUCUGCCAUUUACUGCAACUGAAGAAAACCUUAAAGAACAUUUUGAAAAGUAUGGUGAAGUUAAAAAUGUUGAGUUAUUAAAGAAGCCAGAUGGGAAACUUGUUGGUUGUGGAUUUGUGCAAUUUGCAUUGGUUCAAAAGGCAGCAAAAGCCAAGCACUACACUAACCAUCAGCCAUUUUUGGGUAGGAAUAUUCUAGUUGACUUUGCACAGGCAAAAAAUAAAUUUGUCAAAGAGAAGGUGAAACAGGAACAAGAAGAAGUUAAAAUAAAAGAGGAGCCUAUAGAAAUUAAGGAGGAGAAGGAAGAUGAUGGUAAUGAACAACCACCAGAAAAUGAGGAUGAUAUAACUGAAGAAGUUAAAAUAGAAGAUGAAGAUGAGGACUUGGAUAGUAAUGAAAGUGAUGUGGAAGAAUGUGAUGAGGAAGAAGAGGACUUUGAUAAACCACAAAAGAAACAGCCCCAUGUAAUUUCAAAUGAUGUCAGUGAAGGAAAAACUGUGUUUAUUAAAAAUGUACCUUUCUCUGCCACAAAUGAAGAUUUAAAAAGUUGCAUGAGUCAAUUUGGACCUCUUUACUAUGCAUUAAUUUGUAAAGAUAAAUAUACUGAACAUUCCAAAGGCACAGCAUUUGUAAAGUUUAGAAAUAAAGAAGAUGCUGACAAAGCACUUCAAGCAGGAACUGAACUAACUUUACUUGGAAAUAUUCUUGAUUGUCAUCCUGCAUUGUUAAAAAAUGAACUUCAACAAAAACAAUCAGAUAAGAAAGACAAAAAAAGUCAACCUAAAGAUUCAAGAAAUCUUUAUCUGGUAAAAGAAGGAGUUAUUUUGGCUGGUACAAAAGCAGCAGAAGGAGUUUCACAGAGUGAUAUGGCAAAGAGGCUGCAACUAGAACAGUACAAAACCCAAAUGUUAAAAAAUCUCAACAUGUUUGUGUCUAAAGAGAGAUUAGUUAUUCAUAAUUUGCCUGCAACUUGGGAUGAUAAAAAAUUGAGGAUUUUAGUUCAGAAACAUGCAGGACCAGGAGCAGUGAUUAAAGAAGCAAGAAUAAUGAGAGAUAUGAAAAAUGUUGAUGCAAAUGGUGUUGGUAGAUCAAAAGAAUUUGGAUUUGUAACAUUAGGCAAACAUGAACAUGCACUGAAUGCCCUCAGAUCACUGAAUAAUAAUCCAAAUAUAUUCAAUCCUGGUAAAAGACCAAUAGUUGCAUUCUCAAUAGAAAAUAAGGUAAUGGUAAAUGCCAGAGUGAAAAGAUUAGAAAAAUCUAGACUUAAAAAUCCAAAGUGUAAGGAUUAUAAUCCAAAAUUAAAGGAAAUUGAAGCUGAAAAUAAGAAAAGAAAACUUGAAGAUACAGAGGAAAAUCUUCCGGAAUAUUCAGGAAUUCCCGCAAAACCAGGCGUACAAAAAAUGAGGUCUAGACAUAAGUUGACAACACAGGCUCAGUUACAUUAUGAAAAUGUGAAGAAGGAGAAGAGAAAGCAGAAGUUCCAAAAGAAGAGCCUUAAGGAAAGACAAAAGGAAUUCAUCAAACAACCUAAACAAAAAAUAAAUAAGAAAAAGUUUGAAAGUGACAAUUUUUCAAAAAUGGUUAAUGAUUACAAGAGUAAAUUGAUGAGUGUACCAGUUUCUAAAAAACAGAAAUGGUAUGGAAAUGAGUAGUUAAGCAUUGUUGUAAAUAUGUGUUUAUUUAUAUUAUAAAAUAAAGGUUUAGUUGACCUUUAAUAUACAUGUUAAACAACUAUAUAAACAGUAAAAAUAAAUACUUUGUUUGAAGAAUGAUUGAAACUAUCAAAAACUGUCAGGCACAGGAUUGUCCAACUAGUUUUCAUUAAAUAUGAUUGCUUCUGUCAAAUUUGAAUAGUUUCCAAUGAUUUUUUAAACAAGGAUCAUAUAAAA